AUGAAAAAAUAUCCUUUGAAAAUCUUGGUUGAGAAGCAGAAUGAUCAUUGUAAUAAGCUUUUUGAUCAGCUGAACAAUUUGAUGAACGAAAUUGAUGAUAGGAGAAUACAAUUGAGACAGCUGGAUUUGAACAUCAGAUCUUUAUCAGUGAAUUUAUUUCAAGCUAAUUUAGAAAUUGGGAAUUUGACUAACGAUUUGGAAUCAGUAAACCAAAACACGGUAUAUGAAAAAGAAAAACUUAGCAAUCUAACACACCAGUGCCAAGCUGCAAAAUUGCAUAUCAAAAAUCUCAAAGAAAAUUAUAAUCAAGCUAUUGGUGAAGUAGAGAAUAAUGAAAAAAUCCUAGCUGAGGCACAAGAAACUCUGAGAAAUAUAAAAUCAAAGCAUUCUAUUUUGAGAUCCAAUAGUAUUUCUGAGCUAUCUGAAUUAGAGGAAAAUUCUGAAAGAAUUAAGAAAAAGCUGCUGGAUAACAAAUUUUCAGGGAACAACAAAGACCUUGCAAUGGAUAUUUACGAUUUGAUAAAAAGGAAAAUAAAAGAAGCAAUAAAGCCAAAAAACAAUUUGGAAAAAAAAAUCGAACAAAUUGAAGAAAAAAUCAUAGAAAAGGAGCACAAAAUCAUUGAAGAUAGAAUAGAUUAUACUGAUAAAAUUUCAAGAGCUCAAGAGCUUAUUAGGGAGAGAAAAGAUUUCUCGAAAAAAUGUGGAAUGGAUUGGAACGAAGUUCUUGAGAAAAAGAAAAUGUUUAAAUUAAAGCUAAAAGAAGAAAUUGAGCAAAAAAUUAAAACAAUUCAAGCUAGUAUACAAAAGUAUAAAGCAGAGCCUGAAUUAUUUGAUAUUUUGAAGAAAAAAAGAGAGGUAAUUAUUAUUUAGAAUUUAGCUUCCGAAUUAGAAUUACUAUAUAUUAAGAUAGAAGAGGAAAAGAAGGUAAGAGUAAAUAUAACAAACAAAAGAAAGAAACUAAAACGAGACAUUGAAGAUAUCGAAAUACAAAUUGGGACUGCCAGGAUGAACUUAUACGUUGGCAAUCACUUUAAAAGGCUAUAG